AUGUCGAAUCCCACAAAGUCUACAAUCACCACAACCACAACGACCGCCCGGUCAAGGCAGACGCCCUCCCAGCCCAGCGUGACUAGCUCGGAACCCGACGCCGCGCAGGUCCAGGCCAUCCUCGCCACGAUCCGGGCCAACCUCUUGCUCGUGGCGCGCACCUGGGGCCGCGAGAGCAGACAGCACCGCGAGGCAAGGGGCGUCAUGCGCGCGUACCUCGAGGAGAACGUCCUCCGGCAUCGAGUCGAGAACCGGCACAGGCAACGGCACGUGGAGGAUACGGACGAUGGGUGUAGGUAUGAAGGGGAGGGCAGGGCAGGCGGCGUGAGAGGUAGGGGAGAGGAUGUGCACAUGGAUUUGGACGAGGAUAAGCGUGUGGAUAUGCAAAGGGAAAGGGAAAGGGAAAGGGAAAGGGACGAGGAUUGGAAACGGAACAUGGGAAUGCAUAGAGAGAUAGAAGAGGUGCUCGCAGAGUUGAGCCUGUCGUGA